AUGGCUAAUGGCUACUCUACUAAACUGGGGAGUGUGUCCUACCCGGUCAGUUUUCGGAAGCUUUUCAUCCUCACGACCCAUUACAGCCGAAGGACCCCUGUCAGGCACGAUCAAGUUCCUGCACUUCGAUCUGAACGAUCUCGAAUCCGUCAAGACAGCGGCCGCGACCUUUGCGCAGCAGGAAUCCAAGCUCGACGUCCUCUGAACAACGCCGGCACCGGCGCCAACCUCGUGCAGGCCGGCGCGAAAACGGCACAGGGCUUCGAGGCCAUGGUCGGCAUGCACUGUGUGGCGACGUUGUUAUUUACCCAGCUCCUUCUUCCUCAGCUUCGCGCUGCUGCAUCGCGAACCUCGGCCUCCGUCCGCGUGGUGUGGACAUCCAGCUUCUUGGCCGAGGCUGCGUCGCCGGCAAACGGCAUCGACUUCGACCGCUUGGAGACGGGCACGACGGACCGCACGCACGACUAUGCCGUGUCCAAGGUCGGCACCUGGAUGCUGGAUCGGGAACUGGCUCGGCGGUACGGUAAGGACGGCAUUGUCAGCGUCAUCCAGAAUCCGGGAAAUCUGAAAGCGGGCUCGUACGCUGGGACCCCUACCGUCGCCAUGUUUUUCAUCCGCCCGCUUCUGUACGAGGCAAAGUUUGGUGCGUACACAGAGCUGUACGCGGGGUUGUCGCCGGACAUUACGCUGGAGAGUAAUAACGGUGCCUAUGUCAUUCCCUGA